AUGAUCCCUGCCGCGAAGUCUCUGACCUUUUACAAGGACUACAACAAGGAUGUGAAGGACAUGCUCACGAAGAGCUACAGCAAUGCCCAGAAGUGGAAGGUGGAGUGCAAGUACAAGGGACCGAAGGACACCAUCUUUGUGAACCCUACGGCGACAUCUGACGGCAAGUUCAGCACUGACGUGGAGUUCGUCCCGAGCCAGUGCGGUGCGAAGUUGAAGCUCACCUUUAUUCCCGACUGCUGUGACUUGAAGGGAACGGCGACGUACGAGCUCAAGGACCACAAGAUCGAGGCCGUGGUUAACAAGAAGGGCGAUUACGAGGUGAGCCACGAAUGCAAGGUGCAAAACCGGUUCAGUUCUCACGCGAAGCUGGUGAAGAACAACGCGGAGGUGGGCCUCGGCCUCUCUGUGGCACGCUACUGCCAGGUCGGAUGCGGUGCUGCGUACCAGUUGGACGGCAAGUCCGGUUGCGACUGGACAGCAUCUUGCCGCUACGCCGAGGCCGGUCGUGUCUUCGCUAUCCGCACGGACAAGCUGCAGUCGUACACCACAAGCGUCAUGACGCCCGUGCCGACGUGCCCACACCCCGUGACUGUGGGUGCUGAGGUUGUGUGCGGCCGCAGCAAGGGCUGGACGGGCACCCUCGGUGUGGAGGCGGCGUGCGUGCUCUUCAAGAAGAACUCGCUCAAGGUGCGUGUGAACAAGGAUCUGGAGUGGGCUGUGGCGUACAUUGCGAAACUCGCCGACAACUGGACGGCGGCCGUCACACUCGACAAGAACCUGAAGCCGGGUGUGCUGUUGACACACUCGUAG